AUGCACGGUGGAAGCGAUGACGGGCACUUGACUUGGUAUGUUGAUUUGGUGUGCGGUUGUGUGGAUUUUGGCUGGGAGAGGAGUGGGUGGAUGCAUCAGUACCGCAGCGGUUUCAAGGCCCGUUGCGAGCGGUGGUGGCGAAGGUAAAGGGGUCGUAAGAACUGCUAAUUAGUCAUGGGACUGGACCGGAGGGAUUCUUGGAAAGUAACAGGCUUGUGUAUAAUGCAAAGUCUCUCAAGGCUUGCGCUGUUUUAUUCGGUUUGUAAAUAUUAUGAUAUUAUUUGUUGCCAUUAAAGUGAGGCCAAGAUUUCCACACAUUAAGACUUACUGUUCAGGUUGGGCGUUCAAAUUAUCUUUUGGUUUUUGUUUGACAGAGGCGUUGGAAAAAUCCGUAUCUGUCCCGGUCCGCAUUGGUCGCUGGCUGCAACUCUUAGAAUUAUUCCGGUCAUUUUACAGUGCUGAGUCUGUUUAGAGUAACAAAAAGAUGUACGAAUGGUUUCAAAUCUAUGACUACGAGAUUCCUUCCUAGUGAGGACCGUAAUCGCACAUGUCUGCUCUUGAGCAUUUAUUAGAGUCUCAUAUUAUGACAUGGCAAAUCAUCCAGCAAUAAAAUUAUGAUAAACACAAUUUUCUAGUUUUUCCUAUCGGGGCAGCAACAUCUUGACUUGAGAAAACUUGAAGCCUUUUCAGGCAUUGCUGGGCCGACGACAGCACCCACCACUCUCGCCGCUACAUCACCGCCAACAACGUCCGCACCCUCAACUUCUGGUACUUGGUUCCCUAA